AUGUUGGGAUGCAAACCUGCAGACUCGCCUUUUGAAGUUAUCAUAAGUUUUAUAAAGGUGUUGGGUCCCGAGGUGGAUAAAAAGAGAUAUCAGCGGUUAGUUGGGAGACAUAUAUACCUUGCUCUUAUUAGACUUGACAUUGCAUAUGUUGUUGGUGUUAUGAGCCAAUACAUGCAUGAUCCUCGUGAGACUCAUAUGAAUGUGAUCCAUCGCAUUUUGAGAUACUUGAAGGCAACAUCGGGUAAAGGCUUGUUGCUUAAACCUCACGAUUACCUAGAUGUUCAAGGAUAUACCGACUCGGGUUGGGCUGGCUCCUUUGAUGAUAUGUGUUCCACUCCAGGAUACUGUGCCUUUGUUGGAGGUAACCUGAUAACUUGGUGUAGCAAGAAACAAACGGUGGUAGCAAGGUCUAGUGCCGAGGAGAAGUAUAGAGUUAUGGCUCUUGGCGUUAGUGAGCUCUUGUGGAUUCAGUCUCUUCUUGUAGAACUUGGUUUUACCCCCAACUGGUCCUAUGAAGCUAUUUUGUGA